UAUUACGAAAAUUUGUCAAAACAUUAUAUUUUAAUACAACAUAUAAAGUCAAUUGUUUAUAUUUAAAGACGAUUGAUUGACUGAUUUCGUCAAUUUGGAUCCGGGUACCAAUUGAAUUGGAUUGAACGGUUGAUUAACUAGCAUGCACCAAAAUUGAUAUACCCUAUGUUUGGCCUGGUUUUUAGAAAUACUUUUCGGCUUCAAAAACUGAAGCAGAGGCAAACACCUUUAAAAGUUUGGCUUCUGAAAAGUCGAAAAGCGCUUUUGUGUAACAUAAAAGCAAAAGCUCCGAUUUGGAGUUUCUGCGAAAAGCUGUUUUGAAAAUACAAGAUUAUCUGUACCAUAUUUUAAUUUUAUUUCAGAAAAUAUCAUUUUAUUUCAUUUAUAUCAUUUUAAAAAUAAAGUAAAGUAUAAAAUAAUAUUAUAUAAUAUCAAAGAAGUCUAAAAAAAUCAAUUUUGACUACAUUUUAUUGUUUAGAAUUAUUAUUCAUAGUUUAUAUUAUAAGUCCUUUAUAGUCAUUUUACACAACCUCUCAUUUCAAAAAGCACUUUUAAUAAUUUUUCAACCAAACACUCAACUAUUUUUUUUAAGUAUUUCUCUACAAAUUCAAGCCAGAAGCUACUUAUGCAAAAUUUACACCAGGCCUAACUGAGCCAUAGGAUCAUAUCAAAAGUGUGAAGUGAUGAGAAGCUGAACUAACGGCAAGUGAAGAGAAUAUGUCCUUUUUUUUAUUAGCAGGUAAGAAAUACAUGACUUUAAUUGAAAAAUAUAUGUUCGAUUGAUUUAAAUCUGAGAAGGAACCAAAUUGAAACUUUAGUAAAAUUGAAAGGGUAAAAGAUCUUGAAUUUAUCGAACCUAACACCUUAUCACAGCUAAAAAAAUAUAAGAAAACACCAAUUUAAAAAAGUUAUUUGUGGACAAUAUAUAUCAAACAAGUCUGUGCUGGACUGCUGGUGCUUUCCAGGCGGUGUUCUUCUUCAAUUUCUCCUUCCAUCUCAUUCUCAUACUCAACCGAAACUACUCCGCCGAUAACCAUGAACCAUACGAUGGGCGACAAAGCAAUUCCUGAUCGCGCCUCCACCACCACCAGUCCCUUCCCCUUCUUCCCCAACUUUCACCUCGACUUCCCCAAUCCGUUUCGCCGGGAGACCCAACAACCCCGCCGCCAAAUCGUCGCCUCCGAUGACCCUACACCGGCCGCCGCCGCCGCCGACAAACCUGAUGCAAUCAAGUUUGCGGAACGCAAACCUUCCUCGACUGCUCCUCCUCUCCAGCUGGAAGUCGACGAGCCUUCUCAUCCCCUGCUCACUUAUUCGGUCUAUGCACUCGGAGGGUUCAUCGUUCUGAAGUGGGUAUGGGCAAGGUGGAAUGAAAGGAAGGAAAGAGCAAAUAAGGGGUCAUCAACGGAGGAGAAUCGAUCUCCGGAAUACCAUUCACCUGCUGAAGGCGAGGACUGAUUGAAGAGCUGAGGGAGGAGGUGUGGUGUAUAGCAUUAGCACACAUAUAAGAAAAAUCCCCUUCUCUUUUCUGUAGCUCUCCCGGUUGUAUUUAUGGGAACAGGAAAGUUCUUACUUCUAAAUGACCAAAUGAAGUUUUAAUGUUUUAUAUUUAUGGAUGGUAGAGUUUUGAACAUAGUAUUGUUGUUACCUUCAUAAGAAUGUCGCCAUCCCAGAGAUGAGUUUGUGAACUUGACUCGACGAAGAUGAUUUCGAUUUAUUGGGGUCAUUUUUCUUAGCCCUAAUGUUUAGCCAAAACAUCAAUAUAAUGUUAGUUACGCU